ACUAGAGCUUUUAAGUUGCAGUUUGAUUUUAGUUUAUCAAGAUUUUUUCCUGAGAUAGAACAGUUAACAAGUUAAUCAACACUUCUUUAUACUAGUCAUGAAGAUAAAAAUAAAAGUUUUUCAAGGACAGCUGUACACUCUAGAGGUAGAUGACCAGACACGUGUAUCAGAGGUGAAGGAACAGAUGGAAGUAUUGCUGGGAGUGCCUGCAGACCAGCAGAAGUUGUUGAUCAUUGGGAGACCCCUCUCAGAUGAAAAAUUACUCAGUGACUACCCUGCGAUUAAAGAAGGCACAAAGUUGAACCUCAUUGUGAAAAAGGGUUUUAAAACAAACAACUUUGUGCUCAGUGACAACGAGGACCUGUCAAUCUUGAAGGAAGCUGCAUUCAAGUACCUGAGCGACUUCUACCCAGAAGAAGUCACAAGAAAAAUUGUCGAUGAGUUUGGAAAGGAGUUCCUGCGGACCUUUUCCGGCAUAAGUCUCGAAGAAGUUGAGAUGUUAGCCGGUUAUAUGCUUCUCGAGGAGGGGAAGUGCGAGGAGGAGAGGUGUGAGGAGGAGAAGUGCGAGGAGGAGAAGGAAGAGCACUAA